AUGGAAAUCACCCCAGCGGGUUCAACGACCCUCCUCCAAAAUCGACCGACGAUCAAGUAUGCAAGUAGAUGUGAAUACAAAAAUAACGAGAUCUCCGUCAUAGAAGCCAUGAUAGCCUCAGGCACCAGAACGCCAUACCAUUGCAAUGGUUACAUUCUACGAGGCUUGUCUGUUCGACAAAACCGCGGAGGCAAGAUCAAGCCACUAUGCCAUGCAUGUCCGCUUAAGCGGUCGCCCCCCUUCCGCUAUAUUUGUGAUCACAGGCCUGUCGUCGAGACGCUAAAGCGCAAAAACUCGUGA